UAUAAAUUUGGAUUUGCCUAACAAUCCAUCUUCAAAUCCUCCUCUAUACAUAUCUCUUGGCAAGAAACUCACUGCUUAAAACAGACUACAAUCAUGGGCUUUUCAAGAACUUCUGUCUUGGCUUUCUUCCUUCUUCUGGUUUUGGUGCUCUUUGUGGCAAAUGGGCAGCCCCUGGUUCCUGCAUUGUUCCUAUUUGGGGACUCCGUUGUUGAUGUGGGUAACAACAACCACAUUCACACCAUUAUAAAGGCAAACUUCCCUCCUUAUGGAAGAGACUUUACAAAACAUGAACCAACCGGGAGGUUCUGCAAUGGAAAGCUUGCCACAGACUUCACUGCCGAAGUCAUUGGCUUCACUUCUUAUCCACUAGCUUAUCUUAGUGGAAGAGCCAGAGGAUCCAACCUCUUGAUUGGUGCCAACUUCGCCUCAGCUUCUUCCGGUUACUAUGAUGAUACAGCCAAUCUAUAUGAUGCGAUCCCAUUGAGUCGGCAGCUGGAGUACUACAGGGAGUACCAGAAUAAGGUGGUCAAAGUUGCAGGGAGAUCAAAUGCUUCAUCAAUAAUAUCUGAUGCAAUCUACCUUGUUAGUGCUGGGAGCAGCGACUUUCUUCAGAACUAUUACAUUAAUCCUCUUCUCUACGAGCACUUUACCCUUGAUCAGUUCUCAGACAUUCUCCUGCAAUCCUUCACAAAUUUCAUUCAGAAACUAUAUGCAUUGGGAGCAAGGAGAAUUGGAGUAACGACAUUGCCACCAUUGGGAUGCUUGCCAACAGCUAUCACAGUAUUUGGCUUGGGUAGCAACGAGUGUGUAGAAAGGUUGAACAGAGGUGCAGUUUCCUUCAAUUACAAGCUCAAUGCCACAUCCCAGGGGCUGCAAAAUAACCUCCCUGGCCUCAAAUUGGUGCUCUUUGACAUCUACCAACCUCUCUAUGAACUUGUCAUAAACACCACAAAACAUGGGUUUUUUGAGGCAAGGAAGGCAUGCUGUGGAACAGGGUUGCUAGAAACCUCAAUACUGUGCAAUCGGGAAUCGGUAGGGACGUGUGCAAAUGCAUCAGAAUACGUAUUCUGGGACGGUUUCCAUCCCUCGGAGGCUGCAAACAGCUUUUUAUCUGAUAGCUUGAUUUCAAGUGGCCUUUCUCUGAUCUUCUAAUAAUCCAAUAUUUGCAACUACAUCUGCUUUGAUCUUCUUCACCAUGAUCUGGGAGAGUUUGGUUUAUUGUUGUUAUGUUUCUUGUGGUUUUAUUUGCGAUAUGGAUAGAAAAAAUGUGCUAUAUUUUAUGUGACUAUGAAUAAUCCUUUUGGAAUUGUAAGAAGAAAUCAGGGAAUUUACAUUUUACAAUUCA